AUGACUCGGUUGUUGUUAGAUUUGAUAAUGCUAGAGAAACAAGCUGGAAAUUCUAGAGGCAAAAGUUUGAGUGAGAAAGGAAAAGAAAACGUUCUUACAGAAUUUAAAAAGGAAUUUCCACUAACCUUAAACUGGAACAAAAUUAAGAAUAGACUUGAUACUUUAAAGAGGCAAUAUGAACUGUAUCGUAAAAUCACGUUUGGAGCAACUGGACUCGGAGUUAAUCCAAGGACAGGAAGUCUUGAUGCCCCUGAUCAUUGGUGGAAAGAUAAAAUUAAGGCUUAUCCUGAAGCUUCGAAACUCCGGUCGCACCCACUGCGGUUUAUACCGCUUCUUCAUGUGGUCUUCCGAGAUGAAACGGUUGUGGUGGAGGAGUCAUGGCAACCAAGACGUGGUGUAAAUCGUCAUGCUCCAUUAGUUGACGUAAGUGAGACUGAACGUACAAACGAAGAAGACGAGAGAGAAGAUAUGAUGCGUGAGAACGAACCUCAUCAUAUGGAAACAGAAGACCCAGAUUGGAUGUCACAAAUUCCGAGGGAAAACUCUGCAAAUCCAAAUUCCGAGGCAGAACCAUCAUCUGCAUCCAAAGAGACAUCUUCUAUGCACACUCAGGAGAAAAGAAGUCGAACCGAAAGCUAA